ACACUCUGAGGCCCUCGGACAUUAAAUUUGUGGCAGCUAUUGGCAAUCUGGAAACUGCUCUGGACUCCGGGGUAGAAGACCUGGGGGAGCAGCUUGGGGCUGAGAAGAUGGUGCAGCCGGCAUGCGUGGGAGUGAUGACGGUCCUCUCAGACAUCGUCAGCCAUUUCAAUCCUGCUGCUCUGACCCCACGGUGUCCCACUGAGACGAGCGUGGAGCUGCAUCGUGGUGGUGCAGAGGAUUUGUGGACUCAAGCUCAAGAGCUGGUGAGAAGCAUGAAAGAGAAUCUGGAACUUGAUUUUCAACAUGACUGGAAGCUCAUCAAUGUGUUCUUCAGUAACACAAGCCAGUGUUUCCCGUGUCCCUCUGCUCAACAGAUGAAGCUGGCACCACAGGGCAUGGAUAAGCUGAUGGCGACACUGGACUACCUGCAGCAGGAGGUCCCCAGAGCCUAUGUCAACCUGGUAGACCUCUCAGAAUUGGCAGCAUUCUCUCGCUGGCGUCAGGCAUCACAGCUAAGCCCAGUGGCCAAGUCCUGUAGUUGCUUGGGGGAGACCUCGCAGCUGGCCAAGGUUCUGACGCAGUGGUCCUACCUGGAAGCCUGGGACAGCCUUCUGGCCACCAGCAAGUACAACAAGCAGGAGUCCUUCGCAGUGGUGUUCCAGCCCUUCUUCUAUGAGACCUCCCCGUCAUUGCUUUCAGUGGAGCCCCCACUCCAGGACCCCAGCACACUGGCCUUGAGUCUCUGGAACAAAAUGAUGGAGCCUGUAGGACGGAAAGAAGAGCCGUUCAGUGAGAGAGAGAGGAGGCCGCUGAAGUGUCCCUCGCAGGAGAACCCUUACCUGUUCACCUACGGGAACAGCAAGCAGCUGCCCAGAUCAUCACAACCCAAGGGGAAGCUUGAGGUGAGAGAGGGGGCAGAACUCAGAUGUCCGGACAAGGACCCCUCGAACGAGAUUCCCACCUCAGUUCACAGGCUGAAGCCGGCUGACAUCAAGGUCAUAGGCGCCAUGGGCGACUCCCUCACAGCAGGCAACGGGGCCGGGUCCCUGCCUGGGAACGUCCUGGAUGUCAUAACGCAAUACCGAGGCCUAUCCUGGAGUGUCGGCGGCGAUCAGAACAUCAGCACGGUCACCACGCUGGCCAAUAUCCUCCGGGAAUUCAACCCCUCCCUGCAGGGCUUCUCUGUUGGCACUGGGAGAGAGACCACCUCCGGAGCCUUCUUCAACCAGGCGGUGGCUGGAGCCCGAGCUGAUGGGUUAGUCGCCCAAGCCCAGAGGCUGGUGACCCUGAUGAAGAAUGACACGAGGAUAAAUUUCCAGGAGGACUGGAAGAUUAUAACGGUGUUUAUUGGAGGCAAUGACCUCUGCGAUUCCUGCAAUGACCCGGUGCGCUAUUCUCCUCAGAACUUCACAGACAACAUCGCCAUGGCCCUGGACAUCCUCCAUGCCGAGGUCCCCCGGGCCUUUGUGAAUCUGGUGAAGGUGCUUGAGAUCACCAAGCUGCGCGAGCUCUACCAGGAGACUAGAGUCAGCUGCCCCAGGCUGAUCCUCAGGUCUCUCUGUCCCUGUGUCCUGAGGUUUGAUGACAACUCCACAGAGCUCGCCACCCUCAUUGACAUAAUCAAGGAGUACCAGAAUAAUACGCAGCAGCUGAUCGACAGUGGGCGCUAUGACUCGAAGGACGACUUCACAGUGGUCCUGCAGCCAUUCUUCGAGAACGUGAACAUGCCGAAGACCGCGGAGGGGCUGCCAGACAACUCUUACUUCGCCCCCGACUGCUUCCACUUCAGCAGCAAGGCGCAUGCGCAUGCAGCCAGUGCCCUCUGGAACAACAUGCUGGAACCUGUUGGGCAGAAGACAAGGGAGAAUAAUUUUGAAGGUGAAGUCCAUCUCUCGUGUCCAAACCAGGUCUGGCCAUUCCUGAGCACCUACAAGAACAGUGAGCAGGUUCAUGGGACCUGGCUGCCGUGCACAGAAAGAUCCUCUUCUGGCUCCCCCCCUACCUCAGUGCAUGCCCUGAGACCCGCAGACAUCCAGGUUGUGGCUGCUCUGGGAGAUUCUCUAACUGCUGGCAAUGGAAUUGCUUCCAAACCAGAUGACCUCGCUGAUGUUGUCACUCAGUAUCGGGGACUGUCAUUCAGUUCAGGAGGGGACGGCUCCCUGGAGAACGUGACCACCUUGCCUAACAUUCUCCGACAGUUCAACAGUGAUCUCAUUGGCUAUGCUGUGGGCACCGGUGAUGCCAGUACCGCCAAUGCUUUCCUCAACCAGGCUGUCCCUGGAGCAAAGGCAGGGGAUCUGGUGAGCCAAGUGCAGGCUCUGAUUCAAAGGAUGAAAACCGACCAUAGAAUAAACUUCCAAGAAGACUGGAAGGUCAUCACGGUGCAGAUCGGAGGCAGCGACUUGUGUGACUACUGCACAGAUUCAAACUUGUAUUCUGCAACCAACUUUAUUGAACACUUGCGUGAUUCCCUGGAUGUCCUCCACAGUGAGGUGCCCAGAGCCUUUGUCAACCUUGUGGACUUCAUGAGCCCAAAUGUCAUCCGGCAAGUGUUCCUGGGGAAUCUUGACACAUGCCCAGUGAAGCUGGCCAGGUAA